AUGUAUCGACAACUAACUCAGGAGGAAAAUAGACAGCGAGCUUUGAAUCGAAUACAGCGAAAACAGCAUGGAGAUAAUUCACUAGCGGCAAAUGUAUCUUUGAAAGAAGGACCAAAAGAUGGUUCUGUGAAGCAAACAACCUCACUUUCACAGAUUAUAAGUGGAGCUGACCACAAGAGAGCUAGGGUGGAGUUGACUGGAGAGCAAAAGAAGAGAAUUGAAGAAAAUAGGCGGCGAGCUUUGGAGCUCAAGCUAGAAAGAGAGAGAAACAAUCGAGACGCAACCUCUAAUUCAGAGAAAGCACACAUUCCCGAGCAUGCAAAGCAGGCUCUUAAGGACAAUAAGACCAAAAAUGGCCCUCAGGGCUUGAGACCGUCGAUCAACCGGAAAGAGUAUAUUGAGUUUGAUUUCGCGACAAUGAAGGAUUCUCGGGGUGGGUUUAUUGAAGAUGAAAGUGGCAGCGGUGGCAAUGAAAGUGGUACAGACCUGAAAAAUGAAUCCAAAACUUUAGAGGAGUGGAAGGAACAGCAGAAAAAAAACCAGCAUAUAGUGAGAGACUUGGCCCCUCCAGUGGAUAUAGCCGCAGCACCCAAAUGUUUCGAGUGUGGAUCGUUGGAGAUCGAUCCUAACUUGUACCUGAACUUUGGUCAUGUGCGUGUGUGUAGACCUUGUGCCAAGGCCAAACCAGAGAAGUAUGCCCUACUUACGAAGACAGAAUGCAGGGAGGACUACUUACUCACCGAUCCCGAGUUGCGAGAUGUUGAAUUGCUUCCACGGAUUGAAAAGCCGAACCCCCAUGGUUUCUCGCGGAUGCAAUUGUUCCUUCGUUUUCAAGUAGAGCAGUUUGCGUGGAAAAAAUGGGGCCUGGCGGAGAAACUAGAUGAAGAAUGGGAAAGACGAGAAAAGGCUCGCCUCGAUCGUCGCGACAAAAAGUAUAAUGAAAAAUUGAAGGAAAUGAGAAAAAAAACCCGCGCGGAAGAAUACACUAGAAAGCUCCGCAACGGUCAAAAUCUAGGUGAGCGUCACUCUCACCAGUGGUCGCAAGCAAUUGCCAUGCCAGGGAACGCCAAUAUGGUCAAACGAAGGUGCAUAGAUUGUGGGUUAGAAACAGAAGAGUUGGUGAUUUAG